GCCACUGUAGAACCAGUAGUCUGCUCACUCGCUCAUCACGAUGAAUCUUCUCCUGCCUCUCUUCAUCGCCUUGACGCUCUCCAGCACAGAUGGAGCUCUUUGGUGUCUGACUCAGUCAAGGAGCAACGCAGUCAGUCUCAUGUGUCCACCGACAGUCAAACAGUCUUGUGCAACAGCUGUCGUACAAGGAAGUGCGAUUCUACAUCCUACUGUUUCCAGAUCGUGCAUGCCGUCCAUCCUGUGCAGCGCAGGCACUCAAAUGUUUUCAUACAGCUUUGGGAAACAUUAUCAUCGGGCAGCUCUUGGUUGCUGUAACACAAAUAACUGCAAUGCUCAAAUCCCGACUUACCCUUUUAUUCAGGUGAUAAACGGGCUACAGUGUUACUCCUGUGCUGGUCCUGCCUGCAACAACGUGGUGCAGUGUGUGGGAGUGGAGGAUCACUGCUUUAGUGGAACUGCUGUGAUCGGGAACACCCCCACUCUGGUCUCUGGCUGUGCUUCUGUGCGUGUGUGUGCAGCUGCUUCUCAACAGAACGUCCCACUGUUUAUGAGCUCUUUUAAAUUCAUCAGAGGACCAAAUUGUUGUAGAACCAGCUUUUGUAAUUCACCCAGGAUUGCUAAUUCACCCAGGAUUGCUUAUUCACGUAGGAUUGCUUAUUCACCCAGGAUUGCUAAUUCACCUAGGAUUGCUAAUUUACCCAGGAUUGCUAAUUCACGCAGGAUUGCUAAUUUACCCAGGAUUGCUAAUUCACCCAGGAUUGCUAAUUCACCCAGGAUUGCUAAUUCACCUAGGAUUGCUAAUUUACCCAGGAUUGUUACAGCUUCAGCUCUCACUUGUCUGCAUGGUGAAGGAUCCCACAACCAACGCCGCUGUGCGUCCGUCCAACAGUUGUGUGCGACAGCUGCCAUAAGAGCAAAUGCAACUGAGGGUCUUCAGAUCAUCAGGUCGUGUGUGCCGUCCACCCUCUGCAGCGAAGGCACUCAUGAGUUCUCGUACAACUUCGGCAGUACGACUUUAGAUGCCGCUCUUCAUUGCUGCAAAACAGAUGGAUGCAACAGUCGUACUCUGACUGUCCCAGUGGUUCAGGUAGAAAACGGCUUGAAGUGUUUCACCUGUGCUGAUCCUCAAAGUACCGUCUGCAACGAUACGUUGCGCUGUGUGGGAGCGCAGAACCGCUGUUUCCGUGGGAAUGAGAAGACGGGGGCGACAAGCAAACAGGUCUUUGGCUGUGCAUCCUCAAUUGUGUGUAGAGCUGCAGCUGGAAGGAGUCUCUUCGGCCUCCUUAGAGUCUCCGGUGGAGUCAAAUGUUGUGGCACCAGCUUCUGUAAUUCAGGCGGGACCGUCCACCUGAGUGUCAUCCCGUUUCUGCUUUCACUCAUCGCUUUUUUCAUCUGAGAGAGCAAAGAGCUAGAGAUGGGAACUAAACCAUCAUCGUUCACCCACAGCCCCAUUAUUUCAACAGAGACUCAUCCUCUUUUAGAUGAAUGCAUAAAAUGUUUUUGUACCCUGAUGAGGACCUACGAAGGUCAACGACUUCCUGUCUAACGAACAAACCAUGUAACCACAGAGGGCUUUCAAUAAACAAAUCAUUGUU